AAAGCCCCUCACACACAUAUGCUUAUAUAUGAGCCCUAAAACCUUUGAUUCUUGGUUCAUGCAUGUGUUCCAAAAUUUGGUCAUAGUAGAGAUACACUACUAGUUAAGAUAAAGAGUUGUUGUUAGUGAUAGUUUUGGUACCUAUAUAGCGAGAUUUCGUCGAUGGCGACCGCCGGAUUGAAACCUGUUGCUUCUCUUCUUCUGGUGCUCAACUUCUGCAUGUAUGUCAUUGUUGCUGCUUUAGGAGGGUGGGCCAUCAAUGCCGCCAUCCAUCACGGUUUCCUUAUAGAUACAGGUCUAGCACUCCCAGCUCACUUCUCUCCAAUAUACUUUCCUAUGGGGAACGCCGCGACCGGGUUCUUCGUGAUCUUCGCGGUAUUAGCCGGUGUCGUUGGGGCCGCUUCGGCGAUCGCCGGAUCCCACCACAUCCAAUCGUGGAACUACGAGACCUUGCCUGCCGCCGUGUCUUCCGCCUUCAUCGCCUGGGCUCUCACCCUCCUUGCUAUGGGUUUGGCUUGCAAGGAGAUUGACUUGCAUGGGAGAAAUGCAAAGCUGAGAACUAUGGAGGCUUUCACCAUAAUUCUAUCUGGAACACAACUUCUCUAUAUUCUUGUGAUACAUGGAGGAGCAACACCUACAAGGAGGAGUUAGAAAACAAUUCUACAUAUUGUUUGUAUUGGGGCAUUUGUUAUGUGUAAAUUAAUGUUCUUUAUUUUACAUUUUAGUGUGUUUGAUUUCAUGUUACCCAAAUUUGAUGUGUAUGGUCACACAUGUAUAUUUGAUUGAUUGAUUAGUUUGUGUAUUGCUUCUGGUGUGGUGUGGUGUUAUAUAUAUAUAUAUAUAAUUGAAGUUGAGGAGGAGGAAUUAUGAUUUGGGUGAUCCAUUAAUUGUGUGAAUAUAUCCUAGCUAGCAAAUUUGUAAUAGAUGCCUCAUUUUCAA